CCAUCACCACCUGGUGGCCGAUAUAGAAAGCUUCACUUUGCCUCCAUUUCAGUUCUAAUUGUUUAUCUGUGCUACAGAACAUUUAUUUAUCUUCAUUUAUAGUUAUUUUAUAAGUUUACUUAAUUUUACUUAACAUCUAAUCAUGCCAUUUCAAAUAUUCUAUCAAAAUCAGUCAAGUUCUUGGCUCACCCUUGUUCUCAGUGGUGAUAUAGUCUAAAAGGAAACUGAAAGUGUAUUUUUGUGACUGAACAGGUUUUGAUUUCUUUUGAUUUUUCUUAGAGGGCUAAUCCUGACACACGAGCAUGACAGUGUAUUAACACAGCACGACUAACUGACUCUCUCUUUCUCUCACACACACACGCCAACACGCAGCAUGAAGAAAAAUAGGACCGUGGUGAAAACAGAACCAUGCUCUGAAGAGCAGGUUGGAGGGGAGCCGUCCUGCGUAGUGAACGACCGGGACGAGCUUUUCGCCAAGUUCACCGACCUCUACUGGAGUGAGGACUUCAGUGACGUGGAGUUGGUCAUCAACGAGACGCAGAGGCUGAAGGCUCACCGGAUGGUCCUGGCCCUCGGUAGUGACGUCUUCCGCCAGAUGUUCUCUGGAGGUUCCUGGCGAGAGGCCGAGGAGAAGGAGGUGGCUCUGACCGAGGACGAGAGCUGUGUGGAGCACAUGGACGCUUUCCUCCAGUACUUCUACACCGGCACCAUAUCCAUCCGCGCCGAUAACCUCUUCCCCCUCCUAAUUCUGACGGAUAAGUACAACGUGAAGACCCUGAGGCAGUGCUGCGAGCAGUUUGCCCUGCAGAACUUCAACGCGGGCUCCGUUGGGAGGGCGCUAGCCUGGUGGAGGAAUGCAGAGCGAUUGGGCUUCCAGGAGCUGGAGAGAGCCUGCCGUCGCUUCGUGACGCUCAACGGGCUCGUCCUUGCCGCCUCCUCCGAUUGGCUCUCCCUGGAGCUCGAGCGCCUGCUCGUUCUGCUGCAGAGUAACAACCUUCAGGUGGAGAAUGAGUUCCAGCUCUUCCAAGCCGUCAUCCGCUGGCUCCUCCACAAUGAGGUCAAGGAGAAUGGAGUCUUGGAGAGAGUCCUGGAGCAUGUUCGCUUCCCGCUGAUGUCCCCCCUGGAGGUAUACAACGCCUCCUACACCGACAUGUUGCCGGCCUGUGUAAGGGACACGUUCCUGGCGGAGUCCGCCCUGACUUACAAGGUCAACUCUCUGCCCAUGGAAGCUAUCGGCCUUACCCACGACCUCCAAGCACCGCGAUUCUCCAUGAGAAUGUACACUUCUGCCAAUUUUGGCUGCUCUCGCAAGAUAGAGGGUUUCUACUCUGCUCAAUCACUAAGUACUGACUUCACUACAAUGCUCUUUCAGUCCAAAACCACAUGGAAGAUUUACCUAAAUCAUCCGUCUGGCUUCAGGCGAAUGCCACAAAUCCCUAACAUGUCCUGGAUGUGCAGAAUUGAAGAGUGUAGCCUUCUUAAUGACGGGAACCAUGAACACCAGCUGUGUGUGCUAAUGUACAGAAACGUAGCCGACACCUGGCUAGCCUGCGAUUACAAGACGUAUCCCAUCCCUCACCACCAGGACGUGCCUCUGGAGAGGCUGUUUAAGAAAUUUAAGACAAACAAAUGCGUUCACAAAAAUACACUCUUUGUGCAUCUAUUUGGAAAGACCCAUUGGGGAAAAUUUGCUUUGGAACUAUCAUGAGGAGCAGCUACAGGUUUCAAUAGAAAAAAUUGUGCAAGUCGCUCUGGAUAAGAAUGUCCGCUAAAUGUCUGUAUUGUAAUGUAAUGUCAAUUAAGGUUUUUCAUUAAAAAAUUGUAAUGAUAAUUGGGCAAAUGAUCACCGCAUACUUUUGGGACAAUUUCUUGUGGGUCUAUAGUUGGAAUUUGAUUUAAACUAGUAAAGUCGCAGCUUUUUGGAACUGCUCAAGGAUCCAGCAUGAAGGGGAAUUGCUUGCAUAUAUAUAUAUAUAUAUAUAUAUAUAUAGUUGAAGAAAUGCUUUUUUAUUUUUCACACUUUAUCAAUUGCUCUUGAAGGUAAAGCAAAUAGAUUUUGAGGUAUCAAAGCCUUACCUACCAGUCUCUACUGCAGUAGCUUCAGUCAGUGCCUUGACAACAUUGAGAACAGAAUGGCUGAGAACUUCUGCAUAAUUUCUCUUUCCUUUCUAGUUCCGUGUCACUGUGGGUAAACACAGUCUGUGUAAAUGUGUGAGCAAAUAUGUCUUCUCCUUCCCUGUUUGAAUUUCCGUGCGUAUUUUUGUCAAUUUGUUCAGGAUAAAACGCUGACAGUGCAGAAUCAGUAGGCGUGUCUGCUAUACAGAAGGGAGUUUGCAUAGCUGGUUGUGGGGGAAGAGGCUUGGGUUCUGUUUUUUUUUGACAGAGGGACCUGUUUAUUCAGCAGUUAUCCCUUUGAAGAUUCAUUUUAAAUAACUUUUUUCUUGGCCCUAACCUCUGUUUUUUCUUUAUGAAUGAUAACAUUACCCAAAAUAUGCUUGCUUUGAUUUUGAUAUUAAUAUAUUAAUAGGCCAAUGAGGAAUCGUCUCAUUUUCUUAUAAUGCCACCUGAUCUGCUUGGCUUGUUUAAUACAUGCAAAUAAUCAUUUCAAUAAACUUUUCACAUCAAUA